AGGAUUAGAAUAUCGGCGCCGAUGGGCUGGAAUUGCCGCCACCACCAACCGCCCCCGCCCACCCGCGCGCGCAACGCGCGACGCCAUGCUCUCCCUCGCCCGCCGCCCGCUCUCCGCCGCCGUCCCUGCCGGAAACCUCCUCGGCAUCCACCUCUUCCAGUGCCCCGACGCGGUAGGCAUCGUGGCCAAGCUGUCCGACUGCAUCGCCUCCCGCGGCGGCAACAUACACAGCGUCGACGUCUUCGUCCCUGACGACAAGCCCGUCUUCUACUCCCGCAGCGAGUUCACCUACAACCCAAGGCUCUGGCCACGCGACGCUCUUCACGCCGACUUCCUCCACCUCUCAAACUGCUUCGAUGCACAGCGAUCUACUGUGCGGGUGCCUGACAUCGACCCCAAAUACAAGAUUGCCGUCCUCGCUUCGAAGCAGGAUCAUUGUUUGUUUGACUUGCUGCAUAGAUGGCAAGAGGGCAGGCUCCCAGUUGACAUUAACUGCGUCAUAAGCAACCACGAUCGACCUACGGAUAACCACGUAAGGCGUUUUCUUCAGAGACACGAAAUUCCCUAUCACUACUUACCAACAACUUCUGGGAAUAAACGGGAGCAAGAGAUAUUAGAAUUGAUUGAGGGUACAGAUUUUGCUGUGCUCGCAAGAUAUAUGCAGGUAAUGUCUGAAAGCUUUAUCAAGGCAUAUGGUAAAGAUAUUAUUAAUAUUCACCAUGGACUUCUUCCUUCCUUCAAAGGAGGGAGUCCUUCUAGACAGGCCUUCAAUGCUGGGGUGAAGUUGAUUGGUGCAACUAGCCAUUUUGUCACUCCAGAACUUGAUGCUGGGCCAAUCAUUGAGCAAAUGGUUGAACGCGUUUCGCACAGAGACACAUUGCAGAGCUUUGUUGUGAAGUCCGAGAACCUUGAGAAACAGUGCCUAGCAGAAGCUAUCAAGUCAUACUGCGAGCUCCGCGUGCUACCAUAUGAACUGAUGAAGACUGUUGUAUUUUGAUUUUUUUUGUAUGUAUUAUGAUGUGGCAAUACAUGAUUCAUUUAUUAAUAUAUCCACAUUAGCAAUUAGGUGUCUGAUAAGCUAUGAGAAUAAUCAAGAAAUAUUGCAUACUA